UUGUUAGUACGAUCGUACAUAGAUCGUGGAAGCACAUCAUGUCAUAUUCCGGAAGGUCUGUUAAAUGCGUGGUAAUGGGCGACCAUGCAUCUGGGCAGGCAAGCUUAGUCUACAAAUUUGCUGAAGGAACGUUUCCAAUUGACACUCAAAUGACUUUACGGCACUACAAAGUUGACAUGAUGAAGAGCGGUAGAGUCUACUCCGUGGAACUUUACCCAAUACACGAAGAACUCGAUGAAUGGCUUCGCGCUCUGAGUUAUCCAGAAACUCACGUUGUCUUGAUUUGCUUCGAUGUUAAUUCACAACAGAGCUAUCUCGAUGCCAAAACAAAGUGGGUUGAAGAAGUCAAAAAGUAUUGUCCUGGAGUUCCUUUCCUAUUGGUUGGCACAAAAAUUGAUUUGAGAGAUGAAGUAACCUACGAUCAGGUAAAAAUCGACAGUGCACGACCGAUUUUUCGUGCUCAAGGAAUCAAGACCGCAAGUGUUAUUGGGGCAGUAACUUACGUUGAAACUUCGGCUCUACGUGGUACAGGAGUGCAAAAUGCGUUUAGAAUAGCAUUAAACGCUGCAGUGGGAGACGAAAAAAGAACUCGAGGUAUAUUUGGACCUCCGUUUGGAGCGACUUCAAAAGGCUUCACAUGUCCGUUUCUUUAGAGAUUUGAAUUAAAUAUAGGAUGGUCGCUCGAAAAGCAGAA